UAAAAAAGAACUAAGUACUAUAUUUUACUUUGAUGUGGAAACGUAACAAAGCCUUUCUUUUUAUUUAUAAUAUUGUACUUUAUCUUUAUAAUAUUGUACUUUAUCCUAAUCAGAUUUUAUUCAUAAAUUCUGAAAAAUUUAUAAAGAAAAUAAGAAAAAAUAAGGGAAAAUGAUUACGACUAGUGUCCUCUAAUGAUGAACAAGUAUGGGCACAUUCGCUCAUAGAAAAUCGCAUUAACUUCCCCAUUGCGUAUUGGUACUUAUCGAGUAUAGAAUAAAUCUGCUUCUCUUUGUUCCUACGAACAAAAUUGUUCCAUUAUUACCAACAGAAUAGAACAAAUAUGAACCCUUACGUUGAAAUAAUCCACUAAAUAGGGGGGUCCAUAACAUAGUCAUAGUAUAGUCUUUUACAAUGCAAUAAAGUUACGUAGUGUCUUUUUUCUUUCAUAAAGGGGUAUUUCCAUGGGGUUGCCUUGGUAUCGUGUUCAUACCGUUGUAUUGAAUGAUCCCGAACGGUUGCUUUCUGUUCAUAUAAUGCAUACAGCUUUGGUUGCUGGUUGGGCCGGUUCGAUGGCCCUGUAUGAAUUAGCAGUUUUUGAUCCUUCUGACCCUGUUCUUGAUCCAAUGUGGAGACAGGGUAUGUUCGUUAUACCCUUCAUGACUCGUUUAGGAAUAACAAAUUCCUGGGGCGGUUGGAGUAUCACGGGGGGGACUAUAACGAAUCCGGGUAUUUGGAGUUACGAAGGUGUGGCUGGAGCGCAUAUUGUGUUUUCUGGGUUGUGCUUUUUGGCAGCUAUCUGGCAUUGGGUAUAUUGGGAUCUAGAAAUAUUUUGUGAUGAACGUACAGGAAAACCCUCUUUGGAUUUGCCCAAGAUCUUUGGAAUACAUUUAUUUCUUGCAGGUCUGGCUUGCUUUGGUUUUGGUGCAUUAAAGUGA